AUGGCAUACUCGUCCGACAGACUGGAUCGGGCUCGCUUCAUGUUCCCAGGCCUCUUGCAGAGUGCCGACUACCAGGAGUUCUUCCAGCAUCUGGCGUCUCCAUAUGACUUGCGCAGACGUGCUGCCCUACACCUCGAUAGCUUCAAUUCGUGGCACGACAAUGAUGAAGAUGACAAAGACGCAUCCCUCAACUCGUGCGGUGUGAAGAGAAGGCGCUCCUUGCAGAGUAGCGCCGACGCCAGCCCCAGCAAGAUCCACAAGGCCAACCACAAUCCGGUGCUCAACGCAGGACCCAAGGAAGGUUCUCGACAUGAGACCAGUGAUUAUACCAAGAGUGAAGAUUCUUUGCUUCUAUCCACCGAUCUUUCCUCCAUCCCGAGAAAGCAAAAGAGAGGAUGUGUCGCCUGUCACGAUCUCGACUUGGAUUGCUCGUUUGCAACGGACCCUGAUCAAUCUUCCUACCCUUGCGAGACAUGCGCCUUUGAUGGAAUGGAAUGCGUGCCUAUCCCAGAGCCGAAGUGGAAACGUUCCUGUGAGGGCUGCAAGACUCGCAAUGGGGUCUUUUGCUCUUACAGAUAUGCCGACUACGACCACUCUCAGCCUUGCCAGCCUUGUGUCAACGUCGGAUUCCCAUGUGUGGCAGGUCCAGCCAAGCGACCUCCUUUCAUCUCCCAGGAGAGCCAAUCGGUCAGCUCCGCAAACCCUUCCUCCCCUUGCGAUGGUGACGAUGACUACGGUGAUUACGACGCAAACGAGGAAUUCGCGUGGCUUCCUAGCGAUUCAGCUCCGGAUGUGGAUGAUAAAGAGUCACUCCCUGAUUAUGAGGACUGUGGUGACUACACUCCCUCUGCUAUUGCAAUCCAGGCUGUUUGCUCUAAGGGGCCAUCCUUCAACUGCGAUGAAUCGGAUUCUUAUCACCCCUCCGCCAUUGCGACACAGGCCGUGGAUGACGAAGAGUCACUUCCUGAUUAUGAAUACUAUGAUCACCACCCCCCAUCUGUCACUGCAACCCAGGCUGUGAAUGAUGAAGAGCCACUCGCUGAUUAUGAGGACUAUGGUUACCACACCCCUUCUGUUACUGCGACCCAGGCUGUGGAUGAUGAAGAGUCCUUCGCUGAUUAUGAGGACCGUGGUGACUACACUCCCUCUGUCAUUGCAAUCCAGGCUGUUUGCUCUGCGGGACCAUCCUUCAACUGCGAUGAAUCGGGUUCUUACCACCCCUCCGCCAUUGCGACACAGGCUGUGGAUGACGAAGAGUCACUUCCUGAUUUUGAGUACUAUGAUGAUUACACCCCAUCUACCAUUGCAGCCCAGGCUGUUUACUCUGGACGACCAUCCUUGAAUUGCGAGAGAUCCCGUGACUACACCCCCUCUGUCAUUGAGGCUCAUGCUAUGGGUAAUGAACUGUCAUACGAUGACUACGGUGACGGCUACAACGGUGACUACGACGAUUACUACGACGAUUACUACGAACAUGAUCAACACAAGAACCCUGCUGAUCCAGUUCAGCGUGCGAAGGAUGAGCAGUCAUUGUCUGAUGGCGCUGAUUAUGGUGAUCACACACCCUCAGUUGUUGCAGUUCAUGAUGUUGGCAGUGAUGGUCUUGGACUUUUCGUCGAUCUGAGUGAUGACGCCGCCUCGCCUCCAGAAUCUUCGCAAACCAAGUGGAUUGAAGUAAUCGAGAUCUCCGAUUCAGACUCCGACAACAACACCGUGAAGCCUGGGGUGAUCGAUGUAAUCGAGAUCUCUGAUACCGACUCAAACCAUGGUACUGUGGGGUCUCCAGGCCUCGACAACACUGAGCCAGUUGACUUUCUCGAACAUUCAGACUCGGAAUCGGGCAACGAAGGGAACAUCAAGGGUCAGCUGGAGAAUAUCAUCGAGAUCUCCGACGAUGACCUCGAAGGCGAGAUCGCUGGCGAUGGAUCUCCCUACGAAUCCGACCAACAACCUGAUUAUGAAUUUGUUUAUGAUACUGAUAGUGAGGAUGAUGGAUUUGACGACAACCUCCCGUGA